UUUCUCCUCUCAGGGUGGCUGCAUAUUAUUAUUUGGGAGCGUUCAUUUACAAUGAGAAACAACUCUCUUUCACUUCUCGCUUCUUUUCUCAUUAUUCUCUCAAAUUUUCUCGUCGAAAUCCACGGAAACAAACAAUCAGAAGCACUUGGAAAACUUUACAAUGCAAAGUUCAGAGGUAAUUCCGGCAUAGAUGUUAGUCUUUUUCAGGGAAUUCACCAUGUAAAUGAAUCAAGAAUUCAUCCCCAGGAUGGUUUGAAAGAAAACGAUAGAAUCCAGAAUCUUCCUGGACAACCACAUGUAAGGUUUUCUCAGUACGGCGGUUAUAUUACCGUCGAUAAAUCGGACGGCAGAGCUUUCUACUACUAUUUUGCUGAGGCUGAUCAUCCUUCUAAAUCUAAAGAGUCUUUGCCUCUACUUCUCUGGCUCAAUGGAGGUCCUGGUUGUUCAUCUUUGGGGUAUGGUGCAUUUCAAGAAUUGGGACCAUUUCGAGUAUACAGUGAUGGCAAAACACUUUACAGAAACAGAUUCUCAUGGAAUUAUGCCGCAAAUGUUUUGUUCCUUGAGUCGCCGGCCGGAGUAGGUUUUUCGUAUUCGAAUGUGACAGCAGAUUAUGGUAAGAAUGGAGACAAGAAAACAGCUGAGGAUAAUUAUGUGUUCUUGUUAAAUUGGCUGGAGAGAUUUCCUGAAUACAAAGGAAGAGAUUUCUAUAUUUCUGGGGAAAGCUAUGCAGGGCAUUAUGUGCCUCAACUUGCACAUACCAUUCUCUCCCAUAACAAAAUUGCUAAUAAGACACUUAUCAACCUCAAAGGAAUUCUAAUUGGGAAUGCAGUGAUCAAUGAUGAAACUGAUACUCUUGGGAUGUAUGACUACUUUGGUUCUCAUGCCCUAAUUUCUUAUGAGGCUAUCCAAAAAAUAAGGGAAAGUUGUGAUUUCUCACCCAAUACCACUACUCAGUCUGAAGCAUGCAAUUCAGUUGAUGGUCAAAUAAACAAGGCUCUUUCUUAUAUUAACAUAUACAGCAUCUAUGCCCCGUCCUGCUUCAGUACCAAUACCACAGCCAAACCCAAGAGAGCUUCUUUGGUGGAUUUUGAUCCAUGCACUGACUAUUACGUGUAUGCUUAUCUGAAUCGACCCGAGGUUCAAGAAGCCAUGCAUGCCAAUGUAACAAAACUUGACCAUGACUGGGAACCAUGCAGCGACGUUAUCACAAAAUGGUCAGAUAGCCCUGCAACAGUCAUUCCACUUCUUAAAGAGUUCAUGGCUAAUGGACUUCGUGUGUGGAUAUUUAGCGGUGAUACUGAUGGAAGAGUACCUAUUACUUCAACUGAGUACUCCGUUGCUACAAUGAAACUUGACAUCAAAACUGAAUGGCAUCCUUGGUAUCUCAAAGGAGAGGUUGGAGGGUACACACAGGUUUACAAGGGAGAUUUGACAUUAGCUACAGUGAGAGGGGCAGGGCAUCAAGUUCCAAGCUAUCAGCCAUUGAGAGCACUUUCAUUGAUCAAGCACUUCUUGGAUGGCACAUCUCUUCCUGAUACUACUAGAUAUAAUUAGAUUUGUUUCUAAUUUUAUUCAGAUUUGGAAUUGGCUUAAUUAGUUAAUUUGCUUAGAUUUAGAAAUUAAAUUUGGUUUUAUUAGUUGUCCAGAUACUAUUUUAAUUCUGCAAUUAAUUUAUUCCUAUAAAUUAAAAGGAAAGCAAAUUAAUUUGUUGUU